CGCUUUUAUUUUGAACGGCAACUUCCGGACCUCACAGUGCAGUUCUACAGCCAGACUAUGUUGGAGGGUUGUUAUUUUAUUUUUUUGCACUUUUCAGGCUUUAAACAACGUUUAACGUCGGAAUUUGAAGACUACAGAAGAGGUUAAUCUGUCGGAGUACUUUUUUGGCGUGUGGUGACUGGCAGCACCCGUCCAGCAGAUGGCGCUCUAGGCAACCGCCUAUGUCGCCUAUGCCUAGAGCCGGCCCUGAUGUUUAGACUGACUGGUGUUUUCAGAGCAGUACGCAGGACCUUCUGCAGCACAGCUGACGACAUGGCCAAGGGCAAGUUUUUCUACGCUGUAAGGAAAGGAUUCAAACCAGGAGUCUACAGCUCAUGGGAUGAAUGUAAGAGCCAGGUGGACAAAUUUCCGGCUGCUGCCUUCAAGAAGUUUGCAUCAGAGAAAGAUGCCUGGGCGUUCUUCAGAGGAGCCGAACCUUCUCCAGUUCCAGAGGUGAAGAAAGUGGCUCAGUGUGUGGAGUCGGCCGCCGCUCUGCUUCCUAAAAGAGGCCCGGAGGCUCUGGAGUACAUCCCUCUGGGUAAGAAGAGAUGUCACUCAGAGGAGGAGACAGAGUCCCAACCCAAACGGGUCAAACCCUCAGAAAGCUCAUCUGCAGAAAGCUCCACUUCAGACAGCACAGACGGAUUCACAUACAUGGGUGACGCUGUAGUCGUCUACACAGACGGUUGUUGCUCAGGUAACGGACAGAAAGGAGCCCGAGCCGGCAUCGGGGUCUACUGGGGUCCCAACCACCCGCUAAAUGUUGCAGAUCGGCUGCACGGAAGACAAACCAACCAGCGUGCAGAAAUACAGGCAGCCUGCAGAGCGCUGGAACAAGCCAAAGAGCAGAACAUCAAGAAGUUAGUUCUCUACACCGACAGCAAGUUCACCAUCAAUGGUGUGACCAGCUGGGUGAAGAACUGGAAGCUGAACGGCUGGCGGCUGAAAUCUGGAGGUCAGAUCACCAACAAAGAGGACUUUGUGAAGCUGGACAGACUGAAUGCAGAGGUGGAGGUGGUCUGGAUACAUAUUCCAGGUCACGCCGGCUACAGAGGCAACGAGGAGGCCGACAGACUGUCGAGAGAAGGAGCAGUGAAGCCGUUAGAGGAGUAAAGAAAGAGACGAUUUAUGGAGCUGGAGAGCUCUGCUGCACCACUGUCAUGUUUGUUUUUCUUCUCAGCAACACACAGAGGGAAAACUGAGAGUUUAUUUGUUAAAUGUUCAUUUUAAUUUGUGUUUUAAAUAAAGUUUCUUCUGCUUCAA